AUGAAUAACGUCCUCUCUUGUGUUUUAAACAGGUGCGCCAGAAAGGAGAAAUGCGAGCGCUCAUCAGAGCCCCGACGCUUUGCAUCGGACAUCAAGCAGUGUGUGCGUCUCAGCGUCCACCCGAACAACAUAUCAGUGUCCCAGUUUAGUGUCACGUUGGUGUUGGAAGCCCAUAAUGUCCCAGAACUUUCUGCUGGUGUCAACUGCACCUUUGAGGACCUGGCUGAGAUGAAUGGCUUGGUGGAAGGAAACCGGAUCAAGUGUUCCUCCCCUGCUGAAAAGGAAAUGCCACGCAUUAUUGUUGACAAAGGUGACCACCAGAUUGUGCAGCUCUAUCUCAAGUCCAAAGAGACAGGCCUGGCAUUUGCAAAUACCAGUUUUGUUUUCUACAACUGCAGCGUGCACAAAUCUUGUCUCUCAUGUGUGAGUAGCCCCUACCAAUGCCACUGGUGUAAAUACAGACAUGACUGCACCCAUGACCCUCGCACAUGUUCCUUCCAGGAGGGCCGAGUCAAGAAGCCUGAGGGAUGUCCCCAGUUGCUGCCUGCGGAAAGAAUACUGGUGCCGGUCAAUGUGGUGAAGCCCAUCACCCUACGGGCCAAGAACCUCCCUCAGCCCCAGUCUGGACAGAGGGGGUACGAGUGUCUGCUAACCAUCCAAGGAAGCGAGCACCGGGUUCCUGCCCUGCGCUUCAACAGCUCCUCAGUGCAGUGCCAGAACACAUCGUAUUUCUAUGAUGGGAUGGAGAUGAGCAGUCUUCCCGUGGAGCUGACCGUCAUCUGGAACGGAGAUUUCAGCAUCGACAACCCCGCCCACAACAAAGUCCAUCUUUACAAGUGCGACGCCCAGCGUGGAAGCUGCGGUUUGUGUCUGAAAGCAGACCCGCUGUUUGGAUGCGUUUGGUGUAAAGGAGAGAACCGCUGCACCCUCAAGCAACACUGCCCCCACCCUGAGAACCAGUGGCUGGAACACAACGGCAUCAACAGCAAGUGCACCCAUCCACGCAUCACACAGAUCACCCCUCUCCGAGGUCCCAGGGAAGGCGGCACACUGGUGACUAUCCGUGGUGAGAACCUGGGGCUGGAGUUCAGAGAGAUUCAGGGUAACGUGAAGGUGGCCGAAGUGGAUUGCACCCCAAUACACGAGGGCUACAUCCCUGCUGAACAGAUUGUGUGCGAGAUGGGUAAAGCCGAGAUGAGUCAGUACACUGGGAAUGUGCAGGUCUGUGUUGGAGUUGGAGAGUGCAGACCUGAAUUCAUGGCAAAAUCCUCCAAGUACUACUACUUUGUGAUUCCACGGAUUACCAACCUCAAGCCCAGCCGUGGGCCAGUCUCUGGGGGAACCAUUGUCAACAUCACUGGCAGCCACUUUGAUGCUGGGAGCAAUGUGUCAGUCAUGUUUAGGGACCAGCCAUGCACUUAUCUGAGGAGGGGUGGGCAGUGGCUUACUUGCCGAACUCACGGCUCUGUGCAUGGAUAUGGAAAUGUGUCUGUGUCUGUGAGCAUCGACAGAGCUCACCUCCAGAAAGACCUACAGUUCGAAUAUGUGGAGGAUCCCACAAUCACCAAAAUAGAGCCAGAGUGGAGCAUCUACAGUGGACAUACUCCAGUGACAGUGACAGGAACUAAUCUGGACAUCAUUCAGACCCCACUCAUCAGAGCCAAAUACAACGGCCAUGAGACGCUCAAUCUGUGCCAGGUACUUAGUCCUACAUCCAUGCUAUGCCAGGCACCAGAGCUGCCCAUCAGCCUCGCCAGGCAGCAAGAAGUCCCUGAAAGACCUGAUGAGUUUGGCUUUAAAUUGGAUGAUGUUCAGGCUCUGAUGGCACUCAACAACACCAACUUUAUCUACUACCCUAAUCCUGAAUUCGAACCACUCAGUGUGUCCGGGGUGCUGGAGCUUAAACCUGGAUCACCCAUUAUACUAAAAGGGCGGAACUUUCUUCCUCCAACCAAUAGUGGAAAUGGAAAGCUCAACUACACGGUUCUGAUUGGUGAGAAGCCCUGCAUGUUAACGGUGUCAGAGACCCAGCUUCUCUGCGAGUCACCCAACCUGACUGGUCGACACAAAGUCCUGGCACGUGUGGGUGGCAUCGAGUUUUCCCCAGGUGUGGUCCACAUCACGUCCGACAGCCCGCUCAGCAGCACUGCAAUCGUUAGCAUUGCGGCAGCCGGCGGUCUGCUCAUCCUCGUCAUUGUUUUUGUGCUCAUCGCCUAUAAGCGCAAGUCUCGUGAGAGCGACCUGACUUUGAAGAGACUGCAGAUGCAGAUGGACAACCUUGAGUCACGUGUUGCUCUGGAAUGCAAAGAGGCCUUUGCAGAGCUACAGACAGACAUCCAUGAGCUGACCAGUGAUCUGGACGGUGCAGGUAUCCCCUUCUUGGACUACAGGACUUACACCAUGAGGGUCCUUUUCCCAGGCAUUGAGGAACAUCCUGUACUGAGAGAUCUGGAGGUGCCAGGCUACCGCCAGGAGCAAGUGGAGAAAGGAUUGAAGCUCUUUGGCCAGCUCAUUAACAACAAGAUCUUCCUGCUGUGUUUUAUUCGCACUCUGGAGGCUCAGCGUGGUUUCUCCAUGAGGGACCGUGGCAAUGUUGCUUCACUUAUCAUGACAGUUCUGCAAAGCAAGUUGGAGUACGCCACUGAUGUCCUAAAGCACCUGCUGUCUGACCUCAUAGACCGCAACCUUGAGAGCAAAAACCACCCCAAACUGCUGCUUCGCAGGACUGAGUCUGUCGCAGAGAAAAUGCUGACCAACUGGUUUACGUUCCUUCUCUACAAGUUUCUGAAGGAGUGUGCCGGUGAGCCUCUCUUCUCCCUCUUCUGUGCCAUCAAGCAGCAGAUGGAGAAAGGCCCCAUUGACUCCAUCACAGGAGAGGCACGCUACUCGCUCAGUGAAGACAAGCUCAUCAGACAACAGAUUGACUACAAGACGCUGGUGGUGAACUGCAUACAUCCAGAGAAUGAGAAGAGCCCUGAGAUCCAGGUUAAAGUGCUGAACUGUGACACCAUCAGCCAGGUAAAAGAGAAGAUACUGGACGCCAUCUACAAGAAUGUCCCACAUUCACAUCGCCUAAAAGCCUCUGACAUGGACCUAGAGUGGCGUCAAGGCCGAGGACAACGCACGAUCCUGCAGGAUGAGGACAUCACCACAAAGAUUGAAGGUGACUGGAAGAGACUGAACAUGCUGGCCCACUAUCAGGUACCCGAUAAUGCUGUAAUGGCCCUGGUUCCCAAGCAAGUUACAGCCUACAAUUCAGUCAACAACUCUACUGUGUCGCGAACAUCUGCAAGUAAAUAUGAAAACAUGAUAAAGUACACUGGAAGCCCUGACAGCCUGCGUUCCCGUACUCCUAUGAUCACUCCUGACCUGGAGAGCGGGGUGAAGGUUUGGCACUUGGUUAAGAACCAUGAGCAUGGAGACCAGAAGGAGGGCGACCGCGGCAGCAAGAUGGUCUCUGAGAUCUACCUGACGCGACUUCUGGCUACCAAGGGUACACUACAGAAGUUUGUGGAUGACCUGUUUGAGACCAUCUUCAGCACGGCCCAUCGAGGCAGCGCUCUGCCACUGGCCAUCAAAUACAUGUUUGACUUCCUGGACGAGCAGGCCGACAAACACAACAUCCAUGACCCACAUGUCCGACACACAUGGAAGAGCAACUGCCUACCUCUGCGUUUCUGGGUGAAUGUGAUCAAGAACCCCCAGUUUGUGUUCGACAUCCAUAAGAGCAGCAUCACAGAUGCCUGUCUGUCUGUGGUGGCCCAGACUUUCAUGGACUCCUGCUCCACCUCAGAACACCGCCUUGGGAAAGACUCACCCUCCAACAAGCUGCUUUAUGCCAAGGACAUCCCCAGCUACAAGAGCUGGGUGGAGAGGUACUACUCAGACAUUAGCAAGAUGCCAGCGAUCAGUGACCAGGACAUGAAUGCCUACUUGGCAGAACAGUCACGGAUGCACAUGAAUGAGUUCAACACUAUGAGCUCUCUCAGUGAGAUUUACUCCUACGUUGGAAAAUACACUGAGGAGAUUGUGUGUUCACUGGAGCAGGACGAUGCAGCCAGGAAACAGAGGCUGGCCUUUAAGCUGGAGCAGGUGGUGGCCUUCAUGAGUCUGGAGAGCUGAGGACCGCACUUCCCAGGGUGCACUGGGAAGAGACCCCGUCAGAAACCGAGCCGUGCCUGAGCGAAGACCUGUCCCCAUCUUUUUCAUCAUGUGACUUCCUCCCUCCGCCUUUCAGAGAUGACUUCUUCCUUGACCUUUUUUCUGCUUCCUCUUCCCCGAGAAAUAUUUAGUUUUCCUCAUCCACUCUGCUGCAUAGACUAGUUUACCUGAAUAUAUGUGAGGGGUGGUCCGGGGCUGAGGCUGGUGUCUCCUACAGUGCAAUGUGGGGGAAUCCCUCAGCUUCACCACAGGGGGAGCUUCAAGGGGCGAUUGCUUGAAAGCUGGCCAUAUUGGCAUACUUCAGUCCCCCUGCUGGAAGAAAAGAGGGGAAAAAACAUUUUUAUGUUGCCUUCAAGAAUUUACACUGAUAGGUAAUUCUUUAAAAACCACAAUGUUGGGUGUCCAUUUUGUUGAGAACUUUUCAGAAUAGGAUAGUUAAAAUAAAACCAUCUCUAGAGUUCAGUUUAUUGUAGUGCUAUAUUCAAUAUACGGAAUCAAGUGGAAACAUCAAACCUGAUGACUGCAAGCCAAAUGAACACCUCUGAAGAAAAUUAAUGCAAGGAUGGUUUGCCAAGUUUACACUGUACCUUCAAGCAAAGCAUACAUAUCCGUGAAAUCUGGGGCGAGUCCAGGCAAACCUAGAAUGUUCUUGUGUUCUUUCAAUGUAGCUGGAGUUGUAUUUAAAAAGAAAAAAGAAAAAAAGAAAAAAAAAAGACUGUGGGGGUAGGGAAGGAUUAUUGCUUCUCUGAACUUUUCCUUUAUUGAAACGAGACAGACACUAAAACUUUACAAACCAGAGCAUCCCCAGCCUAUAGCCCUUUGCAACAUUCACACAUUUUUACCUGCCCAGCGUACAUUUAAGAAAACGCUCAUUAUUUCUGCUUCCAUUUGGCUUAUAUGGCUACUGCAAAUUUAAGCUAUUAGGAGAAACCCUGGAGCCCCCACCCAAGUUGGAUCCUUUGUAAAAAGCACACCACCAACUCUGGAAGACAAUGUUUUGACUGCUAACCCAAACACCAGGAGCAGUCUUUGCCUGGCUCUUGCCACUUCCAAUCUUGUGUCGCCACUUGCGACGGUCUAUCAAAGCACACACAUGCACAGAUACACACACAAUCAGCAGCUGCCCGAGAUCCUGACUGCCCACUUAUCUACGCCAACCCUGGAGGAGGUAAAGGGAAGAGCUGACUGAAAUGCACUGGGUAAGAAACUGCUUGAUCAGUAAAAAAAAAAAAAAAAAAAGGAAAAAAAAAAAAGAAUGAUUCAAUACAGUGUAGCCAGAAACGGCUGACUGCUACCUAAAGGGGCUCUGUUGUGAGAGUAGCACUUCUUCCCCAGGAUGUUCUUAUUUUAAGACUUUUGUGUGGAGAAAUCAAACGAGAUGGACUUAGUUGGUCAGCCAAAAACCAAAGGAGCUUGAAAUUUUCAAAAUGGUCAAAAAUGUAUUUAUAAAGUGCCACUGAGGAACUGACAAAAAAAGGACUAUGUAUAAGACAACCACUUCUAGGACAAAAAAAAAAAUAUUGUGACUGGAACUUUAAGAAACCUGUGUGAUUUUUCUGACCUCAGUGUGUCGAGGAGAGAGGCUCUGUGGGCGAGGUGAUCUGAUCCUCCUUUCUCUUUCCAUCGUCCCGGGUCUCUCCGGCUCUCGGCACACCGUUCACCCUUUUGUCCGGCUCCUGACUUAACCAGUUUCUUUUCUGUUUUGCACAAGCGUUGGAGAUGGUAGCUAGUUGCAUACGGCAAAACCCCAACUCUUGAGUGUGUAACUGUUGAGGCGCUCUUGUCUGUAUUAGUGUAGUUGUCCUCAGUGGCGGCAGGGGGCGGCCUUCUCCAAAGCCUCAAAAAAAAGAAAAAAAAAAAAAAUCUGACAAAGCAGAGCAAGAAGUGAGCAUCACAGCAAGACAAACAGAAAAUGAUGGACAUUACCAGUAGAUAAGACUUGUUGGAUGUGAACCCCCACUAUGGGAGAGAGCGACUGAAAGAGAUGAUGGAGGCGCCCUCCGUACCUUUUGACCUCUGCCCUUUCUUUUGCCUUGACAACGUGCCCCAUGUGGUGAUGUGAAUGUGUGAAGACCGCCCUAGGUCCACCUUGGGUCCUUUAUUGGCUUUUUAAGCGCAUGUAAAACGUAAACAAUUUAAGAAACUUAUUUAAAAAAAGUGAAAAAUAAGAAAAUUAAGCCUUGCAAUGAUGAUGUGGAUGUGUUCUUUUAUCUUUCUUUUGCUUGGAAGAAUCGAGAUGGAAAAAGUGGAUUGUUCAUGUAAUAAAAACUAUAACUUUCGUUUAAGGUGGAACCUUUAUCCAGUUCAGCCCUUACUGCAGAGUCUCAUCCCCAUGGUUUUUGUGAAGUGAUAGAUGCUAAAUAAAACAGAUAUUAUAUACCUUUGCAUGUUGACCUAUUUGGAUGGUAUGAAAUGGAACUGCCUUGCUCAAAGAUAUUUAUAUACUGCUACAACUACUAGGGACUUUAAGGUCAUUUAAAAGCCCACUUUUCAGUUCAGCUCAUGGAUCUCACAUCAAGACAACAUGAACUUCAUUUUGAAUUUCCUGUCCCACUUACCUUGUCCUUCAUUACAGACCAUCAGUGUUUUGUGACAGCUGUGCCUCCUCUGUGGCUUUAGUUUUGGUAGACAGAAGUUGCAACUCAAGUCUUGUUCUGUCUUUGCUGCUAUUACGUCUUGUUUUGAGAGUUGACUACUGCAUUAGAUUGAUUAUUUCAUCUUGAUAAUUGCUUAACUUUUUUUUCUCUAUCAGUUGAGCCCAGGACAGAAAAUAAACAUUUUGAGUGAUUUUUCAAAUAACAAAAGAUGGGCACUGAUGAAAACAAACAGAUGCGGUUCGACAAAAGUUCAUUUCAUAAAAAGCAACAAUUACUGCAUCGGUUUGUCAACAUGUGUGACACAAAUCCCUUUCUAUUGUCUUCAAAAAAAAAACACCUGGAUGAAAGUACAUACACAUGUGAUUUAUCGUGCAGGUAAACAUAGCAGGAAAGGCACAUUAGCAUUGACAGUAAACUUAUGUUUAAGACUUUGUUUGGCAAGUUUCUUUCAUAGCCCUUGUGUCAAAUGUAUGUAAGCUGUCCAAGUCAUUGUUAAUUAUUACCUUCUGCAGCUCUACAGUGUGAUGAAUGUGUGUUGUUUCAACUUGGAGGGGUACAUUCACAAAGUGUUUUCUACAUUUUAUGUAGUAAAUAUAUCAAAUACAUUAAUACCUGUUUCUAAAAAAAAUGAGGGGAUUAAGGAUUGGUUUUGGAUCCCAUUAACUGGCAUUCACAUUUUACAAAACGUGAUUGAAACAUCUUUAGAUAAUUGUAAGGACACAUCUUUCACUUGUGUAGGCAACGUACUCUGUGUCUAGAAACCCAAAGUUCCCCUUUUCCCUGUGUGUUAAUAAAUAACACAAGCUGAGAGUCCUCAACUGUCAUUGUGAAUCUGCCCCCCAGUGUUACAUCCUGUCUUUCAUUUCUCCCUGCCCCGUCCCUUCCCCUGCAACAAAGGUUGUCUGCUAGUAGCCAACUUGUGUUGCCAAGAGCACAGAUAAAGUUUCCACCUUCAAACGUUUUGUAGGAACUAAAAAUGUCCUCCUAGCUCAGUGUUAUAGCAGGUGUUACACAAACAUGCUAGAAAAGACUUUUACUAGAUCAUAUUUGAAAGAUAAAGAGUAUCUUAUCGAGAGAUAAAAACGAAACCUGGGGGAUAUAAGGCGAGCUUCUCUAACUUUGUUAUAAUUAAUUGUAUACCUGUGUAUGUAAAUAUAAUGCAUUCCUAUUUUGCAGUCAAGAACAAAAUACUAUUUGUAAUAUAGAAUAAACUUUAUUAUGAAACCAAGCA